AUGACCCAUGGACUGGAUCUUGCGCUGAAGAGAACUCGAGAAAGUACAUCCAAAGUACGAACUGGGUGCAGCACCUGCAAAGCUCGUCGAGUGAAAUGCGAUGAAGCCAAACCUAUCUGUCAACGUUGCGCCGUUGGAGGUCGAAAAUGCGAGUACAACGCACGUGCAGCACCCCCACCUCGAAACGUGAUCACGGUAUAUCUGCCUCCUGCGGAAAGUCAGCCGGUAUUCUUCGUAAAUGACCGCGGCCUCGACUUCUUCCACCAGAAUCUUGCUGCGAAGUUGGACGGACAAUUUGAUUCGAAGUUCUGGAGCAAGCUUGUUUUGCAACUAUCACACUCCGAACCGUCAAUUCGACAUGCCAUAUCAGCCAUCAGCGUCAUUUAUCAAGACGUCGAAAAAUCGUCUUUACGGCAUCCGGCAGGCUAUGUUAAUGCCAAUCCCGAGGCUCAACGGGAGUGGAAUACAGCAGCGAGGAGCCUAUCAGCUCGAAUUCAAGCGCAUCCCAACUCAAACUUGGUACCUUUGGUCUGCUGCCUUUUGUUCACGUGUAUCGAUUUCCUCAGGGGCAAUGUUGAAUCGUCUUGGCUUCACGUUCAGAGUGGAUUCAAUAUUCUAGCCGCGCUCCGUCGCAACAGCGAUGCAGCCCCGCAUCUAGGGUCCAAUCCCUCGUCCAACGAUCUUAAAGCCAUCGAAGAUCACAUCCUUCCGGUGUUCUCACGUCUGAGUGUACUCUGUUCUCUCGCUGGCAGAAUAACGCCACCAAUAUACGGUCCUACGGCUAAAGAAGACUCUCCUCAGGAAGACCUUAUGGAUUCUAGACGACGACUCUUCGAGAUUUCAGAUAAAUGCAUCCGAUUCAUUCAUGAAGCCCUUCCUAAGGCAGCUAUGUCCCAAAUUGACGUCGACGACCUCGUUGAACAGAUUAGACUUCAAACAAGGCUAGACGCAUGGUGCGACCAGCUAGACGAACUUCUUGAACGAAUGCAGGCUGCCGGCAACCCGGCGAAACAGGACGCGCUCAAUAUACUUUUGGUGCAUUACAAAGUCAUCUACAUCUGGAUACGCGUCUGCACCGCAGCCGAGGAAACGGCCACAGACUUUUACCACACCGCCUUUGAAGAGCUUGUGCAUUAUGCGGAACAAAUCGCCAAGCCAGGCGUGGGAAUGGCAACACCGCAACCGCUGUCUUUCGACCUGCAAAUCCUGGGGCCUCUGUACUAUACCGCACUGAAAUGCCGUUAUCCCGCAAUACGAAGACGCGCGCUGCAAAUGCUGCAAUUUGCGCCUCGGCGGGAAGGGCUCUGGAAUGCACAUUACGCCUACGUAACGGCCAAAAGAGUGAUCGAGCUGGAAGAAAGGCAUCUCAACGGGCAAGAGUUGCCGGACGAGACUGCGAGAGUGCAUGGUCUCCCCCUACCAGAUGAUGAGUCACAGAUCGACAACCUGGGUGAGAUGCCUUUUGACUUUCCAAAGUUUGACGACAGCAUCGUGCCCAGCCCGGCUUAUCGAGGUAUGCUUGAAGCUGUGUUCCAGACAAAGCCGUGGGGGCUAUUGGGAGAGUGGCAGACAAUCACGGAGUAUAUCAAGCUAUGA